AUGUCCCCAAAUGCCCCAGGUCUCCCGGAAUCUACAGUGCAAGUUGUGCGUGACGCAUUGGCGUUGUACCACACCGAAUCGGCAUUUGAUUCCCUAAUUGUGUGUGAUAAGGAUCAUAGACUUGUAGGUGCCACAAAAAUCACAAUGGAACAAAUUCCCUUGGAUUACGCUCUUCAUGUUGCGGAGAUAUCGGGGAAGAUUAUUGAUGCAACCACAAACUCUAUUUUAGGAGGAGCUAAAUAUGCAAAGAUAAAUUUUGGAUCCAAUACAUUGAUUGUAAUAAUAAAUGAUGAAUUGAAUAUCUGUGCAGUUGUGAAGCGGGCUUGA